CUUGCGUUGCACAUGCUAAUCAUUUACGAGACAGGAAAUCAAGGGCAUCUUUUGGGGGGAAACAGCUAAAUGGAUUAUUGGAUGAUUUGGAUAGAUAGGAUGAAUGCAACGAAAGAGUCAUCACUGAUGAUGUGAGGGAAAUGAGAUGGAUGGAGCAGGUGGGAAAGGCGAGAGAUGGGGAAAUUUCCUGAACGGCAAGAAAUGACGAGAUGGCGGGUUCCUUUCCUCAUUUUCGCCACCACAAACAAAACCACACUACAUACGACACACCCCAUUCAUCCAAUUCACCAGACACUACUACCACCACCACUACCAUCAUCACCAUCAUCAUCAAUACUACACAAUUUCCACUAACGGUACCUCCACCCGUCUACUUCUUCUCGCCCCCCUUCGCUUGCUGUUUCCAUUGCGCUCAAAUAGUCAGUCCUUGCGAGGGCCUUGAACACAUUGAGCAUCGAGUAUUCUUUCCCUCCGAUACCUACCAUUUGCCUCCUCCGUUGCCAGAUAGGGAACAAUCGCCAUCAAACAAUCCCAUGCCCCAGAUUACCCAAUUCGAGAUCCUGAUAUCCUCCCAAUGCGUGGCGUUCUUCUACUUGCAUCCAAGUCUCACAAAAUGUUCUGCACCGAACACACAACAUGCAACACCACGCUUUGUACCGACGAUAUCGACUAAUCGAUGCAAAGAAUCAACACUGGACGGUAAGGAUGCGAGGAUAAUGCAACAUCAUCUCUCACUCUUCCCAAUUGAACCACGGUACGCCACAACCUGGGCAGUCUGAGGAGAGAAGCAAAGCAAAGAACCUGACAGCAGUGCAAAAGAGCAGAGCAUAGAUCUUAGACAAUAAUGAAGCUCCUGAACAAUUACCUAACAUUAGAUACUCG